CAAUUUGGACUGCCGACCGGCCAGCAUGUGGUAGAUGCUUUAGUUUAUUGGUCCUGAAAGAGGGUUUUCGGAUUCUUCGAAGACAUAAUGGAAUGGUGACGCACCUCGGGGUUGGCGUUAUAUCGUUUUCUCUUUGAAGGAACGUAGUAAGGCAGAACGGCAGGCCUGCAUGAUCCAAGAAAAGCCCCGUAGUACUUCGCUGUCCAAGAAGAAAGACCAAAAAAAAUGCAUCAACGUCGGAGUUUUAUAUUGCUGUGCAACAUUGGAAGAUGGGGAUAGAAAGAUUCGACUUCUUGUAUUGGAGUUGUUGAUGUGUUAAGUUGGGACAAGGUGAGUCAACGCCCAGAAGAAGACAAAAUACAGUUCAUGAAGGGCAAUUUGUUCUGGAUAUAUGGUUGAGAUAGGUGAUGUUACGAGGGCGAGUUGAUCCUGGAUGGAGAAGGAACGCAGGAUUGUAAUUUGUAGAAAUUUCGUUUGGUUAAGGUCUGAUGAAGUUGUAAGAGCUCCAUUCACUUUAUAGAGGGGAGGCGACUUGGAAUUCUAGUUGGCAAGCGAGAUGCGGGAGUCGAGCAGAAGAACGAAGAGGAAGAUACGAUGGAGCAAGCUAUACACAUUCUCGUGCUUCAGGCCCCCCAAUGCUGAUCCAGAUCCCAUCAAAAGCCUUAUAGGACGGCCGGGAUUCUCACGGGUUGUUUUCUGCAACAACCCUCAUCUGCAUCGAAUGAAACCUCACAAGUACCCAACCAAUUAUGUAUCCACGACGAAGUACAAUGUAGUGACGUUCCUCCCGAGGUCACUCUUCGAGCAGUUUCGAAGAGUGGCCAAUCUUUAUUUCCUGCUGGCAGCAGUAUUGUCCCUCACCUCAUUGUCUCCUUUCACUCCACCGAGUCUGAUUAUCCCUCUCGUUUUUGUGGUUGGGAUCAGCAUGCUCAAGGAGGCAGUAGAAGAUUGGCACAGGUUCUUACAGGAUUUGGACGUGAACUCUCGUGUCAUAAAGACUCACAUAGGGGAGGGUGUAUUUGUCGAAAAACUGUGGCAACAAGUCUCCGUCGGGGAUGUUGUUAGAGUACAGAAGGAUCAGUAUUUUCCAAGUGACCUCCUUUUACUCUCUUCAAGCUAUGAGGACGGCGUAUGUUAUGUCGAGACUAUGAAUCUUGAUGGAGAAACCAAUCUGAAAGCUAAGAGAUGCGUAGAAGCCACUCUCGGUUUAAAUGAGGAUGACACCAUGAGUAAAUUCGAAGCUACUAUUUACUGUGAAGACCCGAAUCCGAAUUUGUAUUCCUUUGUCGGAAACUUGGAAUUUCAGAAUGAAUCGCAUCCUUUGUGCCCUGCACAAGUGCUUCAGGAUUCCAAACUCCGGAACACAGAGUACAUAUAUGGAGCCGUCAUUUUCACUGGACCUGACACAAAGGCAGUAAGGAACUCCAUGAAGUCGCCCUCCAAACGUAGCUGGAUUGAGAGGAAGAUGGAUCAUGUCAUCUAUGUUCUUUUCUCGAUGCUUGUUUUGAUUUCACUGGUGACGUCUAUCGCUUCCACAUUGCUUGUGAGUUCCGAGAUGACAAGUUGGUGGUAUCUCCGUUUACAAGAUGAAGAUCCAUUCUUUAGUCCGUCAAAACCAGUAUUGUCGGCAAUUAUGCAAUUCAUAAGGGCUCUGGUGUUGUAUGGCUAUUUGAUUCCUAUUUCUCUCUAUGUGUCCAUUGAAGUGGUAAAAGUACUUCAAGCUGUCCUCAUUAACAAGGAUAUACAAAUGUUCGACGAAGCAACAUGCCAGUCGGUCCGAGCCCGCACUUCGAAUUUGAAUGAGGAGCUCGGUCAGGUAUCAAUCAUCUUGUCAGAUAAAACGGGAACUUUGACCUGUAACCAGAUGGAAUUUAGGAAAUGCUCCAUUGCAGGAGUCUCAUAUGGCGGCGACUUGAACGAAGUGGAUCUAGCCGCUUCUCAUAGGAUGAACUCUGAUAUGGUUGCAUGCAGGUCUAGUGUUGAUGAAUCUGAUGCAACGAGCCAAAGCAUCGAGAUCUGUGAAAUCUCUGCGGACAACAUUGGCACUCAAAUGGGUUAUAUAGGUGCUUCAGAAUAUUUAGGGAGUCCAAACUUGAAAAACCUGAAAAUUCCGGAUGCUCACAGAGAAUAUUCUAUUAAGGGCUUUAACUUCAGGGAUGACAGGCUGAUGGAUGGGCGAUGGACUUGCAAUUCCAACGUGUAUGACAUAACAAUGUUCUUCAGAGUGAUGGCGCUGUGUCACACUGGCAUACCCAUCGAAGAUGAUCAAGCAGACAAGUUGAAGUUUGAGGCAGAGUCGCCAGAGGAAGUUGCUUUCUUGAUCACCUCUCAGGAACUCGGCUUUCAGUUCUGCAAGAGGACACAAUCAGUAAUGGUUCUCAAGGAGCUCGACCCAGACUUGGGAGGCAUCGUCAAAAGGGAGUACAAGCUUUUGAACCUGUUGGAGUUCAGUAGUUCUCGCAAGCGGAUGUCCGUGAUUGUGAGCACCGAAGAUGGUCAAAUCUUUCUUUUGUGCAAAGGAGCAGACAGCAUUAUUUUUGAGAGGCUCGCUGAUAAUGGGAGGUCAUACCAGGAGGCGACAAGUUUGCACCUUUCAUGUUAUGCUGAAGACGGUUUUCGAACUCUGGCAUUUGCAUAUCGUAGAGUUGAAAGGGCUGACUACGAACACUGGAACUCGAUAUUCAUGAAAGCUAAGACCACCGUGGGUCCUGAAAGGGAUGAAUUACUGGAGAGUGCGUCUGAAAUGAUCGAAAAGGACAUGAUUCUGUUGGGGGUUGUCGCCGUGGAGGACAAAUUACAAAAAGGGGUUCCAGAAUGCAUAGAUAAACUCGCUCAAGGGGGUUUGAAGAUUUGGCUGCUUACUGGUGACAAGAAGGAGACUGCAAUCAACAUUGGAUUCGCGUGCAGCUUGCUUCGACAAGAUAUGAGGCAGUUUCAUUUGAGUUCUGUCAUAAACUCGGGAUGCAGCAACCAGUCGGAGGUGAUACUUGUGGCAAAAAAAGCUUUAGUAAGCCAAAUUGAAAGCUUUUCGCAAGAAAUAAACGAAGAGCACAACAAGCAUAUGCCCUUUGCUCUGGUAGUGGAUGGGCAGGCCCUCGAGAUUGCUUUAAGAAGCGAUGUGAAGGAUCAAUUCUUACAGUUGGCUGUCGAGUGUGCUUCUGUUAUAUGCUGCCGCGUGUCACCGAAACAGAAAGCCCUGAUUACCCGGUUGGUGAAGGAGUUCACCGGCAAGACUACCCUGGCAAUUGGAGACGGUGCAAAUGAUGUCGGCAUGAUUCAAGAAGCUGACAUUGGAGUUGGGAUCAGUGGCUUGGAAGGCAUGCAGGCUGUCAUGGCUAGCGACUUCUCGUUGCCCCAGUUUCGGUUCCUUGAGCGACUCCUGAUGGUGCACGGACACUGGUGUUACAAUAGAAUCUCCAAGAUGAUCCUUUACUUCAUUUACAAGAACAUCGUGUUCGGCUUGACGCUAUUCUACUACGAGUUCUACACAUCGUUCUCCGGUCAGGUACUAUAUGACGACUGGUACAUGACAGCAUUCAACGUCCUGUUGACAUCAUUGCCAGUCAUAUCCUUGGGAGUUCUUGAGCAGGACGUUCCAUCAGAUGUGUGUCAUCAGUUUCCUGCCCUCUAUAAACAGGGUCAAAGAGGCAUAUGCUUCUCUUGGAAGCGAAUCAUUGGCUGGAUACUUAAUGGCGCUGUUGCUUCAUUGAUCAUCUUCCUCUCAACCAUACACGCACUCUCUACAGUCGCCUUCUUGGGGAAGGGCAAAGUUGCUGACAUUGCACACCUAGGCACGAUCACAUACACAUGCGUGAUAUGGACAGUGAAUUGCCAAAUCGCCCUCAUAAUCAGUCACUUCACAUGGAUCCAGCACCUGUUCAUCUGGGGAAGCAUAUUGCUGUGGUACAUUUUCCUGCUUGCUUACGGCGCACUCCCUCCCUCCUACUCGCAUACGGGAUUUCAAGUGCUGACCGAGGCCAUUGGAGGUGCUCCUAGCUUCUGGAUCAUCACGCUCCUUGUGGUCGUUGCAUCGCUGCUUCCAUACUUCAUUUACAUGGUCCUGCAAAGGACGUUUUACCCAUUGGACGACCACGUUAUCCAAGAGAUGAAGCAUUGCAAGAAGGACAUCUUCGACAAGCCGAUGUGGUUGAGAGAACAGCGGAACUCGAAGAGGACGACGCAAGUCGGGUUCUCAGCCAGAGUCGACGUGAAGAUACAUCAUCUGAAGGAAGCUAUACAGCAGAGCAGAGAAUCAAUCUACAAGUCAUUCACCAACAGCCCUAUCUACAGGACACUGAGAAGUAGCCCACUGUUCCAGUAGCCGUAGUUACUCAGAAUUCUCGGGAGAAACUGUGCUCGAGAUUAUACAUAUUCUUCAAUUAGUUUUGUUUGUAACACACAAGAAUACACCAGUAAAGAUUACACGUUUUUUGUAUGUA